AUGGCUGGCGCUGUCGAUACCUCUACUACGGAUGGCCUUAAGACCUACAUUCGCGACAUUUUCGCUGCAUGGCAAUUCGUAGCCCGCGAACUUCCCAACGUCGAGGAUGCACAACUUCGGAAUCCCAAGUCCAUCGUCGACUUAUUCAGCAAGACUACAACUCCGGAAGUUGCAGCCAAAGAUUACAUCACUUACCUAUUGACCAUCGUCGAUGUUACCUUAUCGCGAGCUGACGAUGAGAUCAAGAGCCUUCGAACUGAAGUCACGCGCUUGUCAACCUCGUCUGCUACAUCAAACGCUCCCGAAACUGAAGCUCUUCGAGCUGAAGUCACGCGCCUGAACACACUGCUGGCAAAUGCUCCCGAAACUGAUGCUCUUCGAGCUGAGAUCGCGCGCCUUAACACAUUGUUAGUCGCAACCAUCCCUGCGCAGAUCUCUAGCACUCUUCAAUCCCUCGCCAAAACACUAAGAACCCCGAACCUUUCAAGGUUGGAACACCUUGGAGAUUUGUGUCAAAAAACAAAACGGGACAUGGUCGCUGCUAUGAAAGUGAAAUUUACAGAUGACUUGAGAACCUUAAUCAGACAAGAUGUCAACCCCUGUGCCUUGGACGACGUCGAUGGCUGGAGAACAAAGUUCCAAGUUUGGAGCCAAAACAUCAUCAGAGAAAACAAUCACUAUUUUGGUACCUCAAAGACCUAUAUCACAAAGCAAUACCAACAGCCUGUAGCUGCACCACAAGUCAAAGAUGACCCCAUGGAUUUCGAUGCCAUCAAUACAAGAAAACAAAACAUCAAGGAGCAGGAGCGCCGCUGCGGACUCGGACUCUGUCAUUAUUGUAAGGAACCUGAUCACGCCGUCUGGGAUUGCGAGGCCAAGAAACAAGCCGAUGCUUUACGAAACUCACGCAACAAUAACGGCGUACCCAAUCAACGCAACAAUGGAACAUUCGGAGAAUGUACCCAAAGCUACCAACCCCGCCCUCAGAGCCCAUCAACUCGAGGUGGCUACCAACGACGUUUCCCUUUCGAAUACCAGCAAAAUAACAGCUAUCCUGGUACUACACCAGGUUACCAACGAAGUCACAACAGCUCUCCCAACCCACAAAGCCAAGGAUUCCAACGUCAACAUCAGCUCAACAACUUCCAAGGAUAUGUUGAGGAAGAAUCGUUGACACCUGAUGAGAGCGCUUCCAAUACUACCUCGCGCAUAACAUCACCAUCUGGCUCCUUUCGAGAAUCGGGAAAUGCUUAA